AUGACUGGAGCCGCAGUGUCCGUGUGCCUACUUUUUCUAGUGUCUCUAUGUUCAGCGUGUUACAUCUCAAACUGUCCCAUCGGCGGGAAGAGGUCCAUCAUGGAUGCACCACUACGCAAGUGCAUGCCCUGUGGCCCCGGAGACAGGGGCCGCUGCUUCGGCCCAAGUAUCUGCUGCGGGGAGGGUCUGGGCUGCCUGCUGGGCUCCCCAGAGACAGCUCACUGUGUGGAGGAGAACUACCUGCUCACCCCCUGCCACGCAGGAGGGAGACCCUGUGGAUCUGAGGGAGGACGCUGUGCGGCAUCAGGACUUUGCUGUGAUGCAGAGAGUUGCACCACAGACCAAUCCUGCCUUAUCGAGGAGGACGGAGAGGACCAAACUGGCCAAUUGGAAGGCGGCGAGCCCAGUGAUAUCAUCUUAAGGCUCCUGCAACUGGUCGGUCACGCUUCUCCUCAUCAAAGCCACCAGUGA